GCUCGGCCGCGCCCCGCCCGGCCGCCCGCCCGUGGCGCAGGAGGCAGAGGCUGCUCUCGGCAAGGAAGUAUGCCAGCUCCACCUCCAGGAGGCCUGUCAGUGUCUCGGACUACUGCUUGGACACGAUUAAAACCUAUGAAUAUGAGAACUUCCUAUCAUUGCUGCUGCUUCCAGAGCAGUCCAGGCCGGCAGCCAUUGCUAUACGUGCAUUUAAUAUUGAACUAGCACAGGUGCCUGAUGUCACAUCCGAAACUCUGAUGGCUAGGAUGCGGUACCAGUUUUGGAGAGACACUCUUGACCAGAUCUACAAAGGUGGCUCUCCAAACCAGCCUGUGGCCUUGCUGCUGAAAAGGAUGCAGCACAGUGUCUCUCAGGAGGACGUUGUGAGAGGAAUACAAGAUCAGAAGAUGAAGGAUGUGGUUUAUGAUAUAGCAAGUAUUGCUCAUCAACACAUUGAGCAUGCAAGGAGCUUCAUGAAGGAUGUACCAGAAGAAGCUCGCGUUGCUCUUAUUCCAAGUACGGCAGUUUUUGCUUACCUCAAAGCACUGCAGAAAGCAGACUUCAAUAUCUUUGAUGGGAGUCUCCAGAAGAGAAAUAGUUGGCUACCAUUUACAUUGUGGUGGGCAAAAUUUAGGAAAACCUACUGAUCUUUUCAUUCUUUUAGUCCUGUUAAUUUUGUAAAAUAAAAUAAAUCUGACAGUGCAGCUAU